AUGUAUAUGUUUGAAAAUAUGAACGAAUUGUAAGAUGGCUCCAAGACUAAAAAGAUGACGUUCAUUCAAAUGUCGUCUGCUGAGGAAAUACGGCUACGUAAAUAAUUAAAGUAAAUGAGAAGAAUAAUUUAGAUAUUUCCAAGAAUCUUAAACUUCAUUGAAAUAUCAGGCAGCAGGAAUUAAAAUGGCAACAUCAAGUGAUAAUAAAGAAAAUUCUACUGAGACAGAGGGCAAGGAUAAUUACUAUUUAGAACUGUCAUCUGAGCCUGUGAAAUUUGAACCUGUAAAUGAUGUUACGGAUGUCUUUUUUGAUGACUCAAAACAGCAGGUUUUUGCUAUUAGAUCUGGUGGCGUCACUGGUGUACUUGUUAAAGGGCCUGAACAUAAUAUCAACUUUCGAAUGGAUGACAAAGGUCCAGUCAUAUCUAUCAAAUUUUCUCCAAACAUGAACAUACUAGCCAUUCAACGAAGUGUAACUUCUGUGGAAUUCAUAAAUUAUAAUCCUACUACAUCUUUAGAAGGAAUUGAAUAUUCCCAGCCGUGUAAAGGAAAAAAUGCCACUAUUCUUGGUUUUGUGUGGACAUGUGGUAAUGAGAUUUUAUUUGUAACAGACCAUGGUGUUGAACUACUUCAAGUUAUUCCAGAAAAACGAUAUGUGAAAUCUUUGAAGUCUUUGAGUUUGCCUAUAAAUUGGUUUAUUUUCUGUCCACAAAGUCAGUUGGUGCUACUUUCUUCAGGAACUUUGGGAACUCAAAUGCAAGUAUUGUAUAUCACUCAUGGAAAUCUCCACAAAAUAACUAAGUUUGAAAUGGAGGCACUAUCGACAAAACCAGGAAAACUUGCUGUUUCAGAAAGAGAUGUAGCUCUUGCAGUUUUAUAUGGAAUUCCUUGUAUAAUAGUUCUUCGACAUCAACCUAGUGACAAUUGUCGUUCUAUGGGAUCUGCAUUUGUCUACGUAUAUACAGUUCACAAAAUGGUGACUAUUAAAAAAAGCCACAUAUUAAAGCUUGACAUGAGUGGUAGAUUUGCUAUUAAUGUUGUGGAUAAUCUUAUAAUUGUUCACCAUCAAGCUUCCCAGACGUCAAUGGUUUUUGACAUUAUGUUGCCUGGUGUUAGUGAUGGAACUGUUAUUCAUCACACUGGCAUUGUCCCAUCUAAAUCUAUCAAGCCCUGCAGUUUGAAAGUUCCUGGUCCAAAUAUUCCUGAGUAUGUUAAUCAACCUUGUCAGUUGUAUUCGCCAAAUUGGGUUGUAUUUCAACCAAAUAUUAUCAUUGAUGCAAAAUUAGGUUGUUUGUGGUACAUGGAAUUGAAAUUAGAUUCAUUAGUAAAUCUCAUCACUGAUAAAGUUCGGCUUGUUGAAUUUUUAAUGCAGCGGAAAAAUUCAAAACAACUAUUGAUUCAAGUUAUAAAAGAUCUUGUCACGCAAAUGCCUACUACACUGAUAGAUAUGCCUGCUAUUUUUGAUAAAAUAAACGUAGUUUAUAGAAACCAUUUGGAAAAUGAAAUUCAAAGCGUGAUCGGUACUCCAAUACAGAGCAAUGUGAAAAAUAUUAACUCUUCGUAUGAAAACUCCAAAUAUAAAAUAUUCCUAGAUCAGAGCGACAUGUAUGGCCAUAUUCUUUCCAAAUUUCCUGAGGAUACUAUUGACACUCAAAUGAUUAUUUGGGUACUAUUAGAAUACAUUAGGUCGGUAUCGGAGCAGGGUAUUCCAGUACAACACUACCUUCAUGAGCUUAUCAUCACGACAUUGGUAAACAAGCAAGCUUAUUAUCAGCUUCAUCAGCUGCUUCAGUAUCACGUAGUUUCCGACUCGAAACCAUUGGCUUGUCUUCUGCUUUCCUUGGAGAAUCUUUAUCCAGCAGCCCAUCAAUUGGCUCUUGACAUGUUGAAACGUUUGGGUAACGCGCACGAGGAAAUUAUUGAAGUACUCUUAUCAAAGGGACACAUUUUACCAGCUUUACGCUACAUCAGAAGCGUUGGUAAAGCUGACCAAGUAUGCGCUCGUAAAUUCUUAGAAGCUGCUAAAGCAGCUGACGAUCCUACCCUCUUUUAUUCCGUUUAUAAGUUUUUUGAGCAGAGGAAUGUGAGGCUUCACAACACCACUGGAUUUGCUAAAAGCGAGAGGUGUUCUACUUACGUACAGCAUUUUAAAACACUCUUCCAAACGACUGAUAAUGGCUGUAAUUCUGAUACGAUGUCGACUUAUUCAAUUAUAUCUAGUACUUCUACGUAGUUAAGGUUUUAUUAUAAGAAUGAUUUUUGUACAGAUGCAUAAACAGAGUUUGUAAUCAAUUAUAUAUUUAUGAUUAUUUAACGUUAAAUAUUAUUAAGUUAUUUUUCAAUAACACUGCUUUUCUGUUUACGUGUAUUGUUAUAGGCCAUUCGUUUAUGUCAAAAAUGGCAACAUAGUCUCUUAAUAUUAAUUAACAUUGCAAGUUAAUUGAAUAUUUUCUAUCUAUUCGAGAAUUAAUAAAAAUAUUUCCUGGUCAAGGAUAAGAUGAGAGUUAAUAAGUGACCCUAAUUUUCUUUUUUUUAAAUAAAAAUCUAUAAGCCGAAAAUCCAACAUCCUGAAAUGAUUUCUAUUGAUGCUUGAAGCGGAAAAAAUAUCUCAUUAAAAUUAAAACUCGAUGAAGCAACAUUUGGAAAUACCAAAUGCACGGCGCAUUUCCGUGUCUUCUGCUGGCUGUUGUAAAGGCUUUCGUUAAUAAGAUUUGUAAAUUAGUACUGAAGUGUAAAGGUGAUCGGAUGAAUACCGAUAUGUGUGAAUGCUCAAAUGAUUAUCGUAAUGAACGAGCAAAAAAUGAGCUUUCAAAGCUGUUUUUUUUUCAUUUGAACGUGACAUACAUACAAAUACGAAGAUAUGGUAAAUCUUGUGUGAAAAUUGAAAUACAAUGAGAUUAAAUUGAUAUUACCAAACCUGAUUAGGAAUUACAGAAAGCGAUCAAUUUUUUUCAAUAUAGUUAUUGGCAAUAAUAUGAAAAAAAGA